AUGGCACCAGAAAUCCUUGGCGCUCCAGUUGCCAGCAAGAUACGUGAUGCCUAUGUAUUUCUUGCGCAGAAUUUCGAAGUAGGAGAUGAAAUCUGCCUCUUUGGAUUCUCUAGGGGCGCAUAUUCCGUGAGAAAGCUUGCGGGACUGAUUACCCGUGCAAAUUCAUCGCCACCGGUGCCAUCUCUCAACCAGUUCGAGAUUCAUUGUAUGAACCAUUGGCGUGAUACCCAGACACGAAUGGCCCCUCAAUGGAUUCGUGGGGAACUAGGCCUCGUGCCAUCAAAUGCUGUUAUAGGUGGCAGAGAACCGGAUGGUUCACCUUUGUACAUUGCCCGUGCUUCUUAUCAUGGAAUCCAUCCCGGAAAGGCGAGCUCGUAUUGCGUCUCUAUCAGUUAUGGUGGCCUCGAGCUCCAUAUGUCAUAUUCUCAGUUCGAUAUACUAGUUGCAGACGCUAGAUCCGUGGGAUGGAUCAAGGUCAAAGGGCGGCUCUCCCUCAAGAGUCUCGGGGCUACGCCUGUGAUGUGA